AUGUUCUGGAAGCACUUGGGUGCUGCGGAGACUUGUGAUCUUUUGGACUAUGACCUCCUCGUAAGCUUCAUGCGCCCGUUUCUGGUCGCUGCAUACCAGGGAGUUGGGCCAAGGCGAGACCUUACGGUCGAGAAGGAGACCAAGCAGGAGCGUACCGAGCAACUGGAUUCGGUCAAAGUCGAAUUUGCUGAGUUACUGACGGCGGUCAAGAACAAGGCCAGGGGCUUCAUGCAACCGAAGAAGGCCUACCGCUGUCUCGGUACACCGGGGAAGGAUCGCGUAACGAAGAACGAGAACCGUGCCUUCUUCCGGUGUUUCAACCUGGCUGGUGAGCAAGCUGAAGCCUUCUACGACCGCCUUGCAGAGGUUGGCUCUGGCGAGGUGAGCCACUCUUUGUUUACAGAGGCUCUCAACGAUUGCUUUGUCCGUGAGCCAGACUAUGGCUCCUUCAGGAUUCCCAAGAAGAAGGAGCUCCCGCAAGCCCCGGCUCUGGAUGAAGUGGAUGAAGAGGCCCCGGAGGAGCCAGCCUGGAGCAGGCUCAGAACCUACCAGCCAGCCGAGGAGACGCUGUUCAGUUUCAAGCAGACUGUGGACAGAAAGCUCCUGAAGGAACUCCGAGAGGUGAUGCGCGAUAUCGGCCACAAAGUUCGGAUGAGCUAUAAGCGCCCUCGUGAUGCUCUUCGCCCACUGGAUCUGCAGAAGGACGGCAUAAUCCGCAAAGAGGAGAUGCGGGACUUUUUCCGCGGUUUCAACAAGUCUGAAAGCUUCGCAGACCAGGUCUUCACCCUCCUGGAUCCCUCCGGGACCGGAAAGGUGGACUUUAGCGAGUUCCUGAUGCACUUCGACGAAGUGCUGACACCCGCCCACCGGCAGGUGGAACGAGCGCCCGUCAUCGGCCUGGCCGAUUUGGGAAGGUCGAUGCAGGCCGCAACUGUCGUGAAUGCCAUGGGGCACCGCAUGCUGACAAAAUAUGCGAAUGCUCGGCAAGCUUUUCGCGACCUUGACCUGGACAAGGAUGGGAAGGUAAGUAGGAAAGAGUUGCAGUUCUUCGUUAAGAAGAUGGGCCUCCCGGUCGAAGCGGCCGAUGUGCUGUUUGAAGCCCUGACGCCCAGCGAUUUCGGAGGCUUGGCCCGCUUGCCGACUUGCACACUUUUUCUGGGCAGUUCAUGUAAUACUCUGCACCAUCCAUAUGUAUAUAUAUAUACACACANNCACACACACACACACUCACCGAUACCCAGAAAUUAA